UGUGUAGUAACAAUUGGUAAUCUAUUUCCAUAAAUCAUUUUUGUAUGUAUCCUAUGUACUUAUUAUUUUUAUUAGAAUAAAUGAAUACUAAAAAGUGUAAAGAAUCGAUGUUCUACUUUGGAUUUGCAAUAUAAAAAAAUGACAAUUUUAAUGAACUCAAUGUUUCAUUAAUAAUGUGUUUAAUGAAGAAACAGUUAAUUGUUUAUAUAUUUUAAUUUUGAUACAAUGGCAAGCACCAAUGAAUUUGGCCCUGAUUCUGGUGGUAGAAUCAAGGGUGUUACUAUAGUUAAACCUAUAGUUUAUGGAAAUAUUUCUCGUUACUUUGGCAAAAAAAGAGAAGAAGAUGGUCAUACACAUCAAUGGACUGUUUACGUUAAACCAUAUCAUAAUGAAGAUAUGUCAACAUAUGUUAAAAAAAUACAUUUCAAGUUACAUGAAAGUUAUAAUAAUCCUAAUCGCAUUGUGAUUAAACCCCCAUACGAAUUGACUGAAACAGGUUGGGGUGAAUUUGAAAUUGUUAUUAAAAUAUAUUUUCAUGAUCCCAAUGAACGACCUGUGACUAUAUAUCAUAUACUAAAAUUAUUUCAAUCGACUCCGGAAAUACAACUUGGAAAAAAAAGUUUAGUAUCUGAAUUUUAUGAAGAAAUUGUUUUCCAAGAUCCUACAGCGUUAAUGCAACAUUUAUUGAGUACAACUAGACCUAUUUCCGCUGGAAAUUGGCGACAUAAUUCAGAUUUUGAAGCUAAAAAAGAGUCAACAAUGAAGGCGUUGAUAGAUGCUCGUACAAAGAUUAGAUUACAAGUGAUAGAACUCAAAGAAAAAUUGACAUUAGCUAAAGAAACUAUAUCCAACUUUAAAGAAGAAAUUGCCAAAAUUUCCAAAGCCGGUGGAACUUUAUCUGUAACUUAACAUUUGUAUAAACUAACAUUUUUAUUAUGUUAUACGCAUGUAAGCAAAUAAAUUAAAAUACAAAAUUUUUCUAUAAACAUAAAUAUACUUAUCCCCCGAUUUACACUGAAGAUAGGUUCCUUAGAAAACCGUGUAAAUUGAAAAUAAACUAAAAUGUAAAUAA